UUUUUUCUUCCGUUGGCAACAUUCUAGUUGACGUUUGCCUAACCUAAAACGGUAUUUUAUGCGACUUUCUCUAAAAAACGGCAAUUAACGAUAAACCAUGUCAAAAGACAGUCAUAUAGAUCGCGACUUGGAUUUAUCCAACGCGAAUCGCGGCGUAUGGCUUGUUAAAGUGCCUAAAUAUGUCGCUAAUCGUUGGGAAAAGUCUCCUAGUGAUAUGGAGGUUGGAAAACUACGUAUUGCAAAGCCUCAGGGACAAAAAGCACAGGUUUCGCUGACCUUAUCAGCAGCAAUCUUGAAUUUAAGCGAACCUGGCCAAGAAAAUAUUCCCAAGGAUCAUAGAUUGGAUGUUUCUACUGUUACUCAGCAGACUUUAGGGGUUUUUUCGCACGUUAUACCUGCUAAUAAUGAUGCUGUGGUGCCUGAAAGUGAAAAAUUGUAUAUGGAAGGUAAAAUUGUACAGAAAUUGGAAUGUAGACCGUAUGCUGAUACCACAUACAUGAAAUUAAAGUUAGAGUCCAUACGUAAAGCUUCUCUACCAAACAGAAAAGUUAAACAAUUGGACAGAGUUGUGCAAUCUUAUAAACCAGUUUCUGACCACAAAAACAAUAUUGAAUACAUGGAACGUAAAAAGGCUGAAGGCAAAAAAGCUCGUGACGAUAAGGAUUCAGUCCUCGAAAUGCUUUUUGCAGCUUUUGAAAAACAUCAGUAUUACAACAUUAAAGAUCUAGUUAAAAUAACCAAACAACCUAUAACCUAUUUAAAGGAAAUUCUCAAGGAAGUUUGCAAUUAUAACCUAAAAAACCCGCACAAAAAUAUGUGGGAACUUAAACCUGAAUACAGGCAUUACAAAAAAGAUGAGGAGACUGAAACCAAGAAGGACGAAGAUUCUGAUGACGAUUAAAUUGUUAUAUUACAUUGUUUUACCAAUAAACUAUUUUUUUUU